GGAAAGAAGUGGAAGCACAAAUUGAGAGAUUCAAACCUCAGUUUUAGAUCCAGCAGAAGAAUAAGAGAAGAACCUGAGAUGAAGAUACCGUGUGAUAUAUGUGGGAAUGUGGAGGCUGAGGUUCUAUGUAGUGCCGAUGAGGCAGUACUCUGUUGGGGAUGCGAUGAAAGGGUGCACACAGCUAACAAGCUGUCCCAGAAGCAUCAACGUGUCCGUCUUCUCAAACACCCACCCUCCACUUCCUCUUCUCAGCUGCCUCCUUGUGAUAUCUGCCAGGAGAAAAGCGGGUAUUUUUUCUGCCUGGAGGACAGGGCAUUACUCUGCAAGAACUGUGACGUUUCAACUCAUUCAACAAACUCUUACGUGUCGUCACACCGUCGUUUUGUCAUAUCAGGAAUCAAAGUUGCUCUUCAAUCCGUAACUAACAACUACAGAACUGGCUGCAACAGCAGAACCUACCCUCUCGAUAUGCCAAACUCAAAUAGUUCUUCAGUCAACUUCCCAAUGGAUAGGGAGAAGAAGCCAGAAAUGACCACAGAAGUUGCAUCCACAUCCUCAGACAUGGUAGCCAUGUUCUCAGGUGAAAUCCAUUUGGCAACUGGACCUGAAUGGACAUUAGAUGAAAUCCUUGGGAGCAAUGAUUUUGACUAUUAUGAGUUUUCGGACAUGGGGCAAUCCAGGAUUACCAGCCAAUGA